GUAACAGCCAAAAAGGAGAAAAGAGUCUCAAACAUCAAUCAUUUCGAACACAAUCCUAAUUAAAAAAUCCCCUAUCUAUCCAUCACUUUCACUAUUUCCAGUAUCCACCUCUUCCUGCAAAUCAAAAGAUGAUGGAUCCGGCAACUGAUCUGCUACCACCGCCGUCCUCCCCCACCAUCUCCUCCAUCUCGUCCUCCGAUCUCGACACCGAGUCGACAGGUUCAUUCUUCCACGACAGAAGCACAUCAUUGGGCACAUUAAUGGGCGUCAAUUUCCCCGCCAUUACAUUCAGAGCUCCGUCCCAGCACCACCGGGAAACCCUCGCGACCGCGGCUGCAGUAUCUGCCGGUUCUGGCGGGAAUCGCAGGAGGAAAAAGCAGAAUGUGCCGGGAUCUAUAUCGGUGGCGGAGAGGCGGAGGUUUCGGAGGAGGGCGGCUUGGUGGCGGCUGUGCAGGGACGGCGGCGAUGGGGGAGAUGAGGCGAGGUCGGCGUCUCUUGGAGAAUAUUUAGAGGUGGAGAGGAGGUUUGGGGAAGUGGCGUUCCCCGGUGAACUUGAGGGCGUGGGCGUGAUGGAGGCGCGGCAAUCGAGGAGCGAUGGACGGAUGUUAUUUGCCGAUGGGAGGGUUCUGCCUCCUGCAGCGUUAGAUGAUGAGGAGUCAUCGACGGCUGGGGCUCUAUGUAGAUUUCCGGGUUCGCUCACUGGUAUCUGCAGUGGUGGUGGAUAAUUAUUAUAUUUUCAUUUUUCCUUUUAUAAAUGUUUUUACUUAUUGUGUUUAUUUAUUUUUUUAAAAAAAAUGGAUUAUUGGCAGCCACAAAGCCAAAAAGCAAGCUUCUGGAGUUUA